GCAGCUAUGGGAACCCAUAAUCUGUCUCUUUCUCCAAUAAUGCCAUAAAACCCAUUGCUCAAAUAUCAAAGAUCCAUCGUCAUUUUCACAAUGGCAAUGGGUUUACUCUGCUCCAUCCUCAACCUAUGGAACGUUUAUUCUGCUGCAAUAAUCCUCGUCUUCUGGAUGGCCGCAUGUGGAGCAUUAGCCUAUUAUGCGUGCAGGCCUCCAAGGAUUUACAUGCUUGGAUUCUCCGCCUUCAAGCCCGGGGACGACCGGAAAUGCAGCUACGAACUCACCGAAUACUUCGCACUGCGAACGGAGAAAUUUAAUGAAGAAAGCAUGGAUUUCAUGCGCCGGAUUUAUCUGAAAUCCGGCAUAGGCGACGAAACAUACAGCCCGCCAUUUCCUUUCAGAGACGAAGAAGUUGAAGGCCUGAAAAUCGCCAUGGAGGAAACAAGCGAAGUGAUGUUCGGUGCCGUGGACGCCGUUUUCUAUGACACCGCAAUUUGCUCCGCAGAUAUAGGAAUCGUCGUUACCACCUGCAGUAUGCUUAGCACUGUUCCCUCCCUCACUUCUCUCAUAAUUAACCGCUACAAGAUGAAAGAGGACGUGAAAUGUAUAAGCUUGGCCGGAAUGGGGUGCAGCUCUGGAGUGACAGCCAUUAGUGCUGCGAGUGACAUGCUGAGAUCACAGAAGAAAGGGACUUAUGCUCUGGUUGUCAUUACCGAGAACAUAACCCUAAAUACUUAUUAUGGAAAGGACAGAUCCAUGCUGGUCACUAAUUGCAUUUUUAGGGUUGGAUGUGCGGCUGUGAUUUUGUCCAAUAGGUCAGGAGAUCGAGCUCGGUCUAAGAUGGAGCUGCUCUUUUCCCUGCGUACCCACAAGGGGGCAGAUGAUAAAUCUUACUGUGCUGCCUUUCAGAGUGAGGAUGAGGAAGGAAUUGUUGGGAUGAGGCUGACCAAGGAUCUUAUUAGGGUUGCGGGUGAAGGUCUGCGUGCUCAUGUAACUUCCUUGGCUCCACUCGUUUUGCCUUAUUCUCAGCAGCUAAAAUAUGUUUUGUCUUGGGUGGCCAUUGUUGUUUUGAAGAUGGAGAUGAAGCCUUUUGUUCCUGAUUUCACAACGGCGUUUGAGCAUGUGUGUCUUCAUACGGGUGGAAAAGCUGUGAUUAAUGAGAUUGCUCGGAGCCUUCGGUUGAGUGAUUAUGUUGUGGAGCCCGUUCGUAUGGUUCUUCAUAGAUUUGGGAACACUUCUAGUAGCUCUGUGUUUUAUGAGCUGGCUUAUUUUGAGGCUAAAGAGCGGAUUAAGGAGGGGGAUAGAGUUUGGAUGAUUGCUUUUGGGACUGGAUUUAAGUGCAGUAGUAUUGUGUGGAAAGCUCUCAGGGAUUUCUCGUCUAACUCGGUUACUAAUCCCUGGGUUGAUUGUAUUCAUAGGUAUCCUGUUAAAGUUUAGCUUUGUGGAUUUCAAUGGACAUGUUAUUGAAUAAGUUAUUAGGUAGGUUCUUUGACUAGACAUGGCGUGGAAUAAUGAGCGUUAAACAACAUGGUUUACCUUCUGCCCUACCUGUGCAUGUGCAACUGCAGGUGGCUGUUUCCCUGAUAUUUUGUCUGAAAGGUACAAUUAUUAAAAAUACAGAGCAUUCAUUUGUAUGAAAGGGGCUCUGGCUCUGCAUAUUUUGUUUGAAUAAGAGUUUGCCUAUGUUUGGGUAAAGUACAAAGGUUAAUUGAUUGAUUGAACGCCUUGUAUCGUUAGUCUCUGCUGAGGCGAGUUUUUUAUGCAUUUAGUUCUGAAUUAUCCAAUAAAAAAUUAAUGAUAUUUGAUGAAA